GGAAGUAUAUGCCUAACAUUUGAAACAUCUUCUUUGCACAAACUAUCGCCCGUUUCUUCAGUCAGUGACCGGAAAUGUACAUUAAGAUGACAGUUCAUGGCCCUUCCCCAAAAUAUGGCCUACAAUUUCAUUUAUCCCUUGUCAUUUCAUUCAAUUGCUUCAUAUUUCAUAGCAUACUAUUCCACCUUGCUCAGAUGUUAAGCUAUAGUCUCCCUCCUCGUCUCACACAAGUACCUUCGACAAAAGCAUGUUGCAUUGACAAGAACAUGUAGCAUACUCUUCAUCAGCCGAGUUGGCGCUAUACACUUGGAAACACUUUGGCCAACGGAAAACAAUUUAGUGGUUGUAGUAAGCAAGCCUGAACACUGAUCGCAAUAAAUGACCGCCAAGCC